CGCUCAUCACGUCACGCGCGUCAUGCCGCCGGAGCGGGCGAAGAAAGCGGGCGGGGCGCCCUCCCGUCCCGGAAGCGGCUGCGGAAGGCCUUAGUUCCGCUUCCCGGCGCGCGGCCCUACGCCGGUGCGGCUCGCGGGACGGGCGGCGCCAUGGCUGGUAUCAAAGCCCUGAUCAGCCUGUCCUUCGGGGGAGCGGUCGGACUGAUGUUCCUGAUGCUCGGGUGUGCCCUCCCCCAGUACAACCAGUACUGGCCACUGUUUGUUCUGUUUUUUUACAUCCUUUCUCCUAUCCCGUACUGCAUAGCAAGAAGAUUAGUAGAUGACACAGAUGCUACAAGUAAUGCCUGCAAGGAGCUAGCAAUAUUUCUUACAACAGGCAUUGUUGUCUCAGCAUUUGGGCUACCGAUAGUGUUUGCAAGAGCAGAAUUGAUUUACUGGGGCGCAUGUGCACUUGUGCUAACGGGGAAUACAGUCAUCUUUGCCACGAUCCUAGGAUUUUUCUUGGUCUUUGGCAGCAAUGACGACUUCAGCUGGCAGCAGUGGUGAAAGGAAGAUCAGAGAACUAUCACAGGCAUCUUGUCAUGCAGUGGCCAUCCAUACAAAUGAGAGAAUGGGCAAUAAAGAGAAGUAGCAUAGCAAGCCUCUUGAGUAUUCUAGAUGCUCCUUUUCACCUUGUUCGUUCUGAGUGUACUACUGUUGCUGGCAGGGUUUCUACGUUUUUAUGAAGUGGAGAGAUGACUGAUUUAAUUUUUACCUAUGGUAUGUUUUUAGGUGCUUUAUUGGUUUAAAAUUGUCAUCCUUCUGUCCAGUGUUUAUGUGAAGCUUUAAAUCUGGAACAAAAACAUUUAAACAUGGUUUCAAAGAAGGUUUAAAGUUGGGGGUUCAGGUGGGGUGUUUUUUUUCUUAAUAAUUGUGUUUCAAAAUAACUUUUUUUUGUAUAGCGAUUAAAUGAGGUGAGAGAUUUUGUGCCACCAUUGUCAAUUACCAGAUGAAUAGAUUGUUGCUAUUAGCUGCUAUAGCAGAGGCAAGGCGGGGCAGGGAGUACCAGCUGCAGAUUUUUCUUCUGCCCAUACCUCAGACUGGGUGAUGAGUGUUGAUAGCCUUCACUUCAGGAGGCUGAGGAGCAGGUAGAGUUAUUUGGGAGAAGUCCUAAACUGUAACACCGCUAGCACUUUUACCUGCUUUGUUAUCAAUUCUUGUGUGGAUGUGACAUUCAAAUACUCUGUAAAUGUAUCGAUGCUAUGACAUACAGAACUAAAGUGUAUUGUAGGGGAAGGGAAAAUGAUGUUUAAAUUCAAUUUUUUUUAAAAAAAGUAUCUUUUGAACUCUUUCUAUUUAUAAGUGUUGUAUGGUUUUGAACCUUUAUGUCAACUUUUUACCACAAAGAUGGUAAAAUGUUCAUUUACGGAACUACUGGUGUGUGUUAAUUUGUAGCAUAUACAAAGCUAUUUCCUCCUUCCCCUUUUUAAUUUAUUUUAUACAUAGUAUACGUAAAAUAAAACAGAUUUUCAAAUGUCAAUUAAAACUUUGUGUUAAACUUGCCUAAGAAUGAUUUCCGCCCUCUCCGCCCUUCACACAAUAUAGUCGAGGCAUGACUUUUUUGGAAGUCACUGGCCGAACUGAUUUCACUGACUGUUUUUAAGUUCUUAUGCACUAUUGGUUAAUAAGAUUUAAUGUUAUGUCUGUAACUGUAGCUUGUGUUCUGUAAGAUUGCACAUGUAGUUUCAAAUAUUUAAGACAAGUUUUCUGCAUACCUCUCAAUCAUCUGGAUUUUUCAUUUAAAGAAAUCUGCUGUUAGACAUUCCAUCAGGAGAUAGUUGAUGAGUGCCAGUUAACCAGGUUUGAUUGUACCACACAUAGCGAUAAUCUUGACCCAACAUACUUCUAAACUAUAUUUUUAUUCAAUUUAAAAAAAAAAAGUCUAGGAAACUUACUGUGCCUAAUUAAAACCUGCCAAUUGCUUAGGUUUUCCUUAAUGGUGGAGCAGCAUGAAAAGGCACAGAAUUGCAGGUCUUAGCUGUAGUAUUUGUGUGCAUAUGUAAACAAAGUAUAAAGCUUGAAUAUUUGAAGUCUGAUAGUGAUGGUAGUUACUUACACGAUAUGUCCAGGAACUUACACCAGCAGGUAGGGGCAGCAGGGGUGUAGCUACCUACACACGCUGCUUUGUUAAUGUUGUCCUGUGUAUAAAUAAGAGCUCAAUUUUAACCAUGCUGGUAGAGAUAGGUGUCAAUCCCCUAGUGCAGAAGCUAGUCUACAGCAGAUGGUCUUUUGGCCAUAAGCGAGCCCUUCACCAGACCUCCUGCGAUGGUGACGUUUGCAGGUGUGCAAGGGCUGUAGAAUCACUCAUUUCAGCACCUUUUUCAGUGAGACUUCUGCACCCCUGACUGCAGCACGACAGAUGCUUUGGAAGGUCUUCAAACCAGUGGCUAAAUUUGCAGACCUUCGCAGUCCUUGCGAAGGAGGAACGCUACAAAUCUGAACCUGUUACUGACUCAAUUUUUUUGUGGUCAAGAACUGUGUUUUCUUUUUCAUUCUUGUGCUGCUAAGCCUACUUCUCAACUUGAUGCUAUUCUCUGGAUCGCUGGGCCAUAGAACUGACUGUGUAUGUGUUGGCAGUGCAUUUUUUGUAUGUCAGUUGCAUUACAGCAUUACCAUCUUUUGCUUGCACACCGGGUAUGCGCAGUAUUGCUCUGGUUUAUGAGCUAGACACCUGAGAGGUACGAUCUUUCUGCAGAACAUGCACUGAGAUAGAGUUACCGUCCUUCUAGAGGGAAAAACUUUGAAUGAUAAAAAUUCUAAAUAGCAAUCUUGAUUUCUGUAUGUUUAAUCCAAAAUACUCUAAUAAAAAGAGUAUUUUGUUUGAAGUA